CAGGCACUCAGCUUCACACUGGAGAACUUGAUCUUGACCAACACGUCUCAAUUCAUAGGAGAAAACUUCAGUACUAAAUCCAGAGCCUGAGCUGUAAAUACUAAGAAGCUUUCAUCAUCAAUCUCAACUGUCAGAGAAAGCUUGGAUAUCUGAACCCAGCAUCAAUCUCUUGAGAGCAUUUUUCUUUUUUUUUUCCCGCUUCCUCUCUUUUUCCACUUCAUUUUUCCCACUCUUGGGAUUUAAACGUCUCCCGGUCCGUGUGGUCGCCCCCUCCUUCCUGGAGAGGGUGUAAAGUGAACGUUGACCCGGAGAUGCGGUCCUUUCUCCCGCUGACUGUGUAUUGCAUCAGCCUGGUUUCCCUCCAGCAGCUGCUGGCUCUGCCGGCGGAGGAGCGUCCCGACACGAACAGGUUGGACCUCCUCAACAAACUCUUCGAUGAGAGUCAAGAUAAAGCCUUGGCAUCAGAAGUUGGGACUCCUGAUGUCAUCCCUUCCGAAGCCCCCAGCGAUGUUCCAAAAUGGCUUUCUGGUUUCCUGACACCAAAGCCAGCCUCAGGAGCAAGACUUGCCUCUCCAAACCUCGCAUGGGCAAGACCAGCUGAGCCUUCGCGGAUGAGACGUAGAGUCAUCAGGUCUCGGCGCUAUGCUCAUUCUGGAUCCCGAAAUGGUCACCACCACCAACACCAAGGCCAGUUGAUGAGAGUGGGAUGUGUUCUGGGAACCUGCCAAGUGCAGAACCUCAGUCACCGUCUCUAUCAGCUCGUUGGUCAGAGUGGUAGAGAAGACUCAUCCCCCAUCAACCCCCGGAGCCCCCAUAGUUAUGGAUGAGUUUUGGCAGCCUGGAACACCCAUAGCGAGUCUGUCUCUUUAUUCAUUUAUUUAUCUCUUAACGUAUUGGUAGUCUGGUAGUCUUUGCAUUAGAGUUUGGUGUAGUACACUUGUUUAUCUAUCUUAAAAUUACAUACACCCUUAAGUGAGCCCCUUUCGGCUUCUUGUUCUGAUGGAUGGAUUUGGAGACUAAAAUUCAAGACCAUGACUGACGGACUCUUCUUUAAAAGCCCAUAUCUGAGUUGUCCAUCUAACCUAGGAAUGCCUCCUUUUUGAGGAAAACCACUUAGAAAUCUCGGAACACAAAUUCCAGUUAAAAACAGACUGCCUUGAAAUCCACAAUUUUGCUUCUACAACCAGGCCAAGAAAAAUUGCCUUUUAUUAAGUCCUGAAAUUCAGGGAAAAUCCUCUUUGUAAACCCAAAUUUGUGAACUCUGUUCACCCUGAGAACGUGAAGGGAGUCUUGUCAGUCCUUUUGUUUCUCCCUGAAACUCCUUCAAGAAACAGAACAGCCUCCAUUUGACAUCUUAAUCCUGUUAAUAUACGAAUGAAGGGUUGUCCUCAACACCGUCCAGUGGCCUGGCCUUGUCUGACAGCUGACCUUCCCAGUGGUGGUUAUCCUGCCGCUCAUUGAUCAAAAAGUUAAGCCCCUAAUGUGGAUUUCACUCUGCACUCAGAUCCAGAUCCUUGCCAAAACCAGUGCGUUCCCAACGACCUGGCAAAUGACCCAAUGAACCCUUUUACCUCUUCUUUUUGAGACAAUCUUCACUCAGUACGUUUACAUGCACAGGAAAGUUGAGCCAUGGUAUGCAAAUUGUUAAAAACAUAGACACAUUGCAGCUUUGUUUUGUACAUCCUCAAGCCCAAGACGCUCCAAACUGAGUGUCAUUGGCAUUCCAGAGUGUCUCGUGAAUCAUCAGAAAGAUUUGAAAAAGCAAUCUAAUCAAUCUAAUGUCGUAAUUGACAUCAUUGUAGAAAUGCCUGGUAUUCCUACCACAUCUAUUGACAUAAACACAAUUGAUGACUACUCAAGAGGAACUUGAAGGGUGGUCUCAUUUAGUAGGGAAAGAUUUCCCCAAGUUGGCACUCAAAAAUGAGGGUUAGGGGUAAAAGUUUGAAAUGGAACUAAGCCUAACUUUUUUCUCCAAUACAAGUGCAAUUCAACCUUCUAGCUACUGGCAAUAUUUGGAGCCUGAUGAUGGCAUGACUUCUGCUACACAACCAGUUAAUGCUCAUGGAUAUCUGGGCCAAAGACUAACACAACAGAGCAUUUGCAGAACACUUAGUUCACUAUUUGUGUAUACAUGUAAGAGCAAAAUGCAUUAUCUUGGUGGGCUACUCCAACAAUUUCAAUUUGCCCAUAAGCAUUUUUAAAGUCCUGUUCUGGUCAGACUAAAACAAUAAUUCAGUUUUUUUCCUAACUGCAUGUAAAUGUACUGAUUGUCAGCUUUGAACUCCCAGAUCAUACCCGACUACUAAUGCAAGAUCAGUAUGGACAUUGAAAUCCCUGGGAUUGGCCUCCAGUUGGACCAGGAAUUUCUCACUCAGCAAGACGUUGUGUUUCAGGACCACAGUUUAAAGUCAGAACCAGCCACAGCACUUCGACUAAGAUCAUUCUGGGGUCAGGACUUCACCACACAAACUGAAAAUGAAGGAUCAGCUUCCAGGGCCCUGAAAGGAAUCUGGCCAGAAACGGAGGCCCAAAGGAGCACAAUCAGUGUUGCAGUAUAUUGGCCUGUCAACCAACCCAGCAGGUGGAAAAGAGAACCUGGGAGCAAUGGUUCAAGGCUCUCACGUCUGGCUUUUUUUUCUGCCAAAGGCCAAGUGUGAAAUAUUAGCCCUUUCACGUGAUUCAUAAGUUCCCCUUGCAAGUCAGGACUUUAGGUUGGCAGUGGUUUAAUAAACCUGACCUAAUCACUUUGGUCAUAUGUACUUUCACAGCAGGGAAAGGGGGGUCCUCCACCUCAAUUAGACUACACAUUCAACAAUAACAAAUAAGAGCUCGACAUGUGGCUUCCACACAUUAGGUCUUGAAGUUUUCAGACAGUAGAUGUUGGAUCACCAAAGAAAUUACUUUCUUUUCUUUAGUUCACCCGUGUAGAAAGGAAUAGUGCUGUUGUGUGGCGUUUUUUUUGUUUAUGAGCUUAGCUUGAAGUUAUCCAUCAGUUGAAACUGUGCGAAAAACAAAAUUCUGCUUACAUUUGACAAAAACUUACACCGUGCUGAAGAUUUAAAGCAAGGAACCAAUCUAGCAAAGUAGACUUAGGCCCAAUCAAAAUUUCCCUGCUUUAACUUACAACAAAUACCAGACCAGUUCUUUGUGCCCUGUCCCAUUUCCAUUUGGGGGAUCAUUGGGUAUUAUUUGGUCUACCAAUCCAGUUUUCCUCUAGUCUUACCCAACCCUGUUGGGUGCAUGAUUUAAAAUGGAUUGCCAAGAGAAAAUUCCCUUGGCCAACUAAGGCAAUAAACUGUAGAUCAAGGGAAACCUUGAGGUAAAAGGCUCAAUCAAAAAAGUGGCUUCAUUGAAAUUGUUUAUUUCAGUGGAGUAUCAUGGUUUAGAGAGCUCAACAGUGUGGUUCCACUAGCAUAACCUAAAACUCUAAGGCACCAAGGUGGGAAUGGGACCGAAUGAAAGAAUCUCUUUUCCAAUGAGAAAUGGGGAUUUUUUUUUGUAAUAAUUUCAAAAGCCCAAAUGCCUGACCUUUAAUUAAAUGCAAAGGGAUGCAUUAAGGGGACAUUGUCCUCUACUCAGUGCUCUUUUGGGCAAAACUAACUCUAAUAUACUCAAUCAAGUAAAUGUAAUUUGGCUGUAGAAAGGUGGAUAACAGGAAUGCUGAUGAAGAAUAAAAAAUGCUUUUGAAAGAGAAUAAUUGGCAGCACAUUGUAGUUUAAACUCAGCGCUUUUGGCAGCAGUAAGCACCCUUUUUGUUCACAUGUACGUAUUUAUUUUAAAAAAAGGUUUAAAUGAGUCCUGAGUUGACGGAGCAAGCUCUGCUGUUACAUUGUGGGUUUCUAAUGAGAAACCCCAGCGACCAAAAUGUUAGGUGUUACAGCGCCCAAUCUCGAAUCUACGUCCACGGAACAGAAUAGCACCAUCAAAAAUACAUGCCCUGACAUUUCCUCUUUUCUAUGUUUGUCCAUCUCUGAAACGGUGGGCGGAUUACGAGCUGAGAAUAACUGAGGUCAAGCCCUACAGAUGAAGCAAGCCAAAGUUUGACGGGCCUUAAACUUCCCCAAAGAAUGCAACCCUAUCUAUAAAACUCAGAGAGAAACAUAAUUAUGUUACAUAUUACUGACAUACAUUUGAACAUCUAUUCUGAGACUUUGUCGGCCUUAAUUUUUUAUGCACAAAGCCGUAGAGAAUUUCAUUGUAGGAAAACAGUCCAAGCUGUUGGCAUACUUUCUGAAUUUUGUGCACAGUUCAGCUUUGAUCACGCCUUGUUCAAUCAUGAGUGUUAAAGCCUUUGUUUUUGUGCAGGUAUUUCACAAAGAGCAUUAGUUUUAAGUCACCAAAAACCUGGCGAUACUUGACAAAUCGAGAAAUUUUACAGCAUGUGAUCUACGUCUUAUAAUAAUGCAUUCUUUUAUGUCUUAUUCUGUCUUUUUCUUGUGUUACUCUGUAUUUUUCUGUUAAUUCCUUAAGCUGUUUUCACCAAGUGGUUUGGCACAGUUUGGUAUGGUACUAUGGAUGCACGAAAUUUGCUUUUUGCCUUUUUGCCUUAAACUCCACAAACUUAUAUGUUAGGCCAAUAUUUACAUUCAAUAAAGGCCAAAAUUUACAGCUGACAAAGGGUGACAUUUGCACCUGAUAUAGGCUGACUAUUACAGCUGAUAAUGGCAGACUGUUAGAGCCAGUAUAGACCUAUAUUUAUCACUGAUAUAGGUCAAUUUUUACAGAUGAUGUAGACCAAUAUUUACUGCUGAUAUUUGCUGAUAAUAAUGCCUGAUCUAGGGUGGUAUUUACAGUUUAUACAGGCCUAUAUUUCCAGAUCAUACUGACCAAUAAUUACAGCCAUUAUAGGCCUAUAUUUAUAACUGAUACAGGCCGCUGUUUACAGAAAAUAUAGGCCGAUAUUUACAGCCAAUAUGGACCCAUAUUUACAGCCAAUAUAGUUCAAUUAACGGCAAAUAUAGACUGAUAUUUACAGUUGAUAUCAGUCAAUACUUGCAGAAGAUGCACCCUGAUUUUUACAGCCAGUAUAUCAAUUGUAAUAUUGACAGAGAUUUUCUCAUUCAGCUAAUACUAAUAUCAUCCAGGUAAUAUCCUGCAUCCCUAUUUGUUAUGGUGGAGAUUUGUUUCUACAGUCAAAAGAUGAGAAAUGUGCCAAAAUAAUCGAUCCAUACCAUCCAGCUUUUUUGUCCUUGCUUUUAGCUAUCAAAUGUACCUAUCCAAGCCUUUUUUGAGCUGAAAGUCAGGUUCCUCUUUCAGAGUUGGGCCAAAUGAUAUGGAUCCCUAAAGAGAGCCACAAUUUCCAACAGUAUGAACAUGUGUAGGUAAAGCAUUGGAGAUCAGGGCAAACCUUACCAAAGCAAACUGAACCAAACUGGCCCACUUGGUGAAAACACACCUUAAGUCUCUCAGCCACGAUCCUGACUCUUGUGUCUGUGAGCAUUGGGGGGUCUGGAGGUCAAAGGGUAAUAUUCCUAAGUCUUAAAUCUAAUCUGUUCAAAGGCUUGCUGAGGUGAAACAUACCAUUCUCUCUGCUGUAAUGGAGCUAAUCAAUGUCUCGUGACAGAUCAUUAAAAGACUUUUGAAACGCUCUAAAACCCUGGUGGAUCUCUCUGCUUUUUAAAAAUGUGCCAACUGUGUUUGAGCUGCUGUAUGUAGCCUAUCAGGAGAUUUAUCUGCUGUGUUUAAUCUGCGCUCUGGACCAUUGUGCUGCCUGACUUUGCAGGACGUUUUUUGUGACGUCAAAAGUUGAGUCAUGUAAAAGUUGUGUGAGCACGACCGCUGAUACCUCCCCGUAAAUAUCCUUCAUAAGAGGAAUGAGAGCAGAUGGAGUUAGUGUGUGACAUAUUUCUGUGAGAUUCUCAGUCUCUUUACGGCCACAGGAGAGCACUUUAAUACAAACACUUGAGUUUCCUAAAUCUCCCUCAUUGUGAUGAAGUUGUGAAAUUAAAUGUUGCAUUUGAGAUUUGAUAUGUUUGAAGAUGUAGGUGCACUCCGUGUGGAUGAUUGUGAACAUUGUGUGCACCUCCGAAAUGACAUAGUUAUAUUUAGCUGAACUAUUUAAAGAAAGUUAUGUAUUUAAGUUAUCGUUGUAUGUUCUUAUCUGUUUGUCACCAAAGACUAUUUAUCUCUCCUUCAACAUGACCUUAUGGUAGGAAAGGAAGUCUUAACUGUAGUUAAAAUGUUACUGUUUAACAAUGUCCUUCACUCUGUUAAAUAAAGAACUGUACUGUA